CUUUCCUAUCUCUCCUUCUCUGAACAGUACUGCUUUCACUGGUUCAGAGAACAAAAGUGUCAAUCAUUAAAGUUGCAUAUAUAACGACUUUUUCUCUCCCCAUUCUACCCUUCUUCUUCUCCGCCCUCGCCGGAAAAUGAUUUCGUGGCACGAUCUCUACGUCGUCUUAACGGCGGUGAUCCCUCUCUACGUCGCAAUGAUCCUAGCCUACGGCUCCGUCCGGUGGUGGAAAAUCUUCACCCCCGACCAGUGCUCCGGCAUAAACCGCUUCGUCGCCAUUUUCGCCGUCCCGCUUCUCUCCUUCCACUUCAUCUCCGCCAACAACCCCUACGCCAUGAAUUUCCGGUUCAUCGCCGCCGAUAGCCUCCAGAAAGUGAUUAUGCUCGCCGUUCUCGCCGUCUGGGCGAAUUUCACGAAGAACGGGAGCUUGGAGUGGAGUAUAACCAUUUUUUCUCUCUCUACUCUUCCGAAUACUUUGGUUAUGGGGAUUCCGCUUUUGAUCGCGAUGUACGGUGGAGAUUCGGGGAGUUUGAUGGUUCAGGUGGUUGUACUUCAGUGCAUUAUUUGGUAUACUUUGCUGUUGUUUCUGUUUGAGUAUCGCGGCGCGAAGAUGCUGAUAAUGGAGCAGUUCCCGGAAACUGCGGCGUCGAUUGUGGAGUUUAAAGUGGAGUCCGACGUGGUGUCUUUGGACGGUCAGGAUUUCUUGGAGACGGACGCUGAGAUUGGGAAUGAUGGGAAGCUCCACGUGACGGUUAGGAAGUCUAAUGCUUCUAGAAGGUCCUUUGCGAUGACUCCUCGCCCGUCGAAUCUUACCGGCGCGGAGAUUUAUAGUUUGAGUACUUCUCGGAACCCGACGCCGAGAGGUUCGAAUUUUAACCAUAAUGAUUUUUACUCCAUGAUGGGGUUUCCGGGUCGGUUAUCCAAUUUCGGGCCGGCGGAUAUGUAUUCGGUUCAAUCCUCCCGGGGCCCCACUCCCCGGCCGUCGAAUUUCGAGGAGAAUUCCGCUCCCGCCGGAGCGAUUGUCAACUCUUCAACAAAGUUCGGAUUUAUCCCCAACGCCGCCGCGGCUUCCUAUCCCGCCCCGAACCCGGAAAUCGCUUCAAUGGCUCCGAAAGGGUCCAAGAAAGAUGCGCCGGCGCCGGCGUCGCUACAGAGCAAAAGCAGCGGCCAUGACGCGAAGGAGCUGCACAUGUUCGUGUGGAGCUCGAGCGCGUCGCCGGUGUCGGAGGCCGCCGGCGGGCUCCACGUGUUCGGCGGCGGCGGGGCAGAUUUCGGGGCAAACGAGCACUCGGGUCGGUCCGACGGAGCCAAAGAAAUUCGGAUGUUAGUCCCGGAUCAUCCUCAAAACGGGGAAACCAAACCCAUUACACAAAGUGGGGACUUUGGAAUGGAAGACUACGCCUUCGGGGAAGAGAAAGGCGAGAGGGACGUGGCCGCGGCGGCACUGUCGAAACUGGGGUCCACCUCCCCCGGAAACCCGCCGGAAAAUCAAGACUCCGGCGCCAGAAAACAGAUGCCUCCGGCCAGCGUCAUGACCCGUCUGAUCUUAAUCAUGGUUUGGCGCAAGCUUAUCCGAAACCCCAACACGUAUUCCAGCCUCAUUGGUCUGAUUUGGUCGCUAGUAGAGUACCGCUGGGAUGUUCACAUGCCUAAAAUCAUAGAGAAGUCCAUCUCCAUCCUCUCUGAUGCUGGCCUUGGAAUGGCCAUGUUUAGCUUAGGUCUGUUCAUGGCGCUCCAGCCCAGGAUAAUCGCCUGUGGGAACACGGUGGCCGCCUUCGCCAUGGCGGUGAGGUUCCUCACUGGCCCGGCAGUUAUGGCGGCCGCUUCCAUUGCUGUUGGCCUCCGUGGUACCCUCCUUCAUGUCGCCAUUGUACAGGCUGCUUUGCCACAAGGGAUUGUCCCAUUUGUGUUUGCUAAGGAGUACAAUGUUCAUCCUGCAAUUCUCAGUACUGGGGUUAUUUUUGGGAUGCUGAUAGCGUUACCGAUCACAUUAGUAUACUAUAUUCUUAUGGGAUUAUAGAUACCCGAGUUAAAAAGGAGUUUCUACGAUCUGCAGAGAAAUAGAGAAACUCGAAAAUUGCGAAAAUGGAUGCAAAAAGCUUUGUGAUCUUGAAUGUCAAUGGCUUCAUGGAUGGAUAGUAUACUAUAUACUAACUGCAUAUAAUGGGAGAGAAAAAGAUGACAUCUUAGCAAUGAUGAAGAGAAAUCAAAUAAUAAAAAUAAAAAUUAAUAUAAUUAAGAAUAUUGCAGCCUCCAAAAAGCAUGGAAUUUUGACUAAGUUGAAGAAGCUGAGGGCCUUACUGUUGUAAUUGGAGCAGACAUUUCAUAUUGGAUUUUCAACAAUGGAGGAAAGCAAAUGAAGAUUAUUAGUAAAUGGGAGACAAGGGAGGAGCCAUACAAGGAAGCAAAGGGUGAUCAUAAUCAUUAUUAUCAUCAUCAUGCUUUAUUUGAAUUUCGAUCUCUUGCUCAUCUCAAGUAUAUGUAAAGUGUUAAUUUGAAAAUUUCUUCGAUAGUUAAAUAUUGAAAUGAGAUUGAUUUUGACUUCUCA